GCUACUGUUCGGACACUCCUGCUUAUUGCUCUGCGCUUCGCUCCCUAUUUAUGUACUUUUCUCAGAUUUCUCUAAGAUUUUAACUUCAGCAUAUCAGCACAGUGCUCAAACAACACAGUUUUUAGAAAAAGAAGACUCUUUGCCUCCCACUGCCAGCAGUUUACAUUCCGUAGACGGAAAACACAGCUGCCUACAUUCAAACAGACGGGAAAGAAAAUACCACUUGUGGAAUCUACUUGCUGCAUGAACUGCCACAGACUUCUACAAAGGAUUGCGGUUCUUGAAACAAAGUUACUUGCUGGACCUCCAAAACAAGUGGAACACACAGCAGAUUGUCAUCACAGACCCCCUCAGCAUACAGCCGGUGAGUCCUGUGAAUCUAGUGAAUCUCAACAGUUUAUACAAAGUGUCGAGGAACAAGCUGAUCGACAGACUAAUCGAUGGCACAAACAGGGAGCGAGACCCAAAGGCACUCGAGACAUCAGAUUGUCACGAGUAUCUCGUAUUGCUGCGGUAGCAUCCUCUACCCCAGAUACGGCUAUGACGAGACUUGAAAACACUGGCAUUCUACAACCCCCUAUACAUCUUGAUAACCGAUUUGAAGCAUUAAUGAAUGUGGGUGAGGAAUCCCCAAAUGUGACAAAACAUGGAUCGAAUCAGCCAGCAGCUAACAUCGCUACUAACAGGCGCUCGAGGUCGAGCAGACAGCGGCAUUCAGCUCAGAGCGCAGCCGAGCCCAGGACUCUGAUAGUGGGCGACUCUAUUAUCAGAAACAUCAGUAGCAGGACUACAACUACAUGCUGCUUUCCUCAAGCAACCGUCUCUGAUGUGAACUUCGGAACAUUCUGAUGAAGCACAAGACUGCAAAUCGAAUCAUCAUCCAUGUGGGGAAGAAUGAUAUUCGGAAAGAGCAGUCAGAACUGCUUAACACUAGAACCGCCACGGGUGGUUUCUGCCAAUCCAUUCGGGCUCAAUGGCACACACACACACCUGGACAGAAUAUGAGUGACCACGGGACUUCAUGUCAGCCUCAGGGUCAUCUUGUGGUUGACACAUCCCACAAGGACACUGAUAACACCACACAGACAAAACAAGCUUUCCUCAUGGAAACUAUCCCGGCUGAGCCCUGCCCAAAGAGCUCAUCACAGACAGACCGUUACGUACUACAACAGCUCCAAGACUCAGCACCUAAGGACAACUAUCUGGAAAACAGCCAGGGAAGCCAGGACAACAUUUUACAGCCACCGGAAACACCAGAGCCAGAGCCCCGCUCACCAGACACACUUUCCCUCUCUCCAGAAUCUCCACUCCUAAGCUUCUCACAGAAAAUGGAGGAACUGGUGUAUGCUGGGACCAAACUCUCCCACUCGUUCGCUGCAAGCCCCCAGAUAUCAACUAAAAACGGCGGGCCCCACAACUGCCAAAGACUGCAGGCUCAGAUCUCCCUCCCCCUCCUGUGCGAGCUCUCCAACCGCUGCCACAACACCAGGGCCCAAACCCUCCUCCAUCGGCUGUAGGUGAACCAAAAACAACUGAUAACAGCUCUCAGUGAUAUGUGUCGGGUCCCCGCUAUAUUAGCAGCAACAUUCACAAAUGUUCACAGAACAAGCGGGAACCCAGUGUGCCUGUAGCCUUCUAUAUUUCUGUUGUAUCACGUGAUAGAGAGUCUAAGGCCUUCUCAAGCCGUACGGCUGACCCAUCUAAUCUGCGGCCUGUAAUGCGUCAAUCUAAGAUUGCUGUAGAGACAAAAUGUAAUUACAUCAAGUUAGCAUUUUUAAACAUUCGCUCACUAAAAAAUAAAUCAUUUCUGAUCAAUAAUUUAAUAACCACAAACAACCUGGAUUUUAUGUUUCUAAAUGAAACAUGGCUUAAAGACAGCUGCAGUGCAACAGUCCUAAAUGAAACAGCCCCUCCUCCUUUAAUUUUACAAGUGUCUGCAGGACUGUUAGGAGAGGUGGAGGUGUAGCUGCUCUAUUUAAAGAUGUUUAUCAGUGCAAGCAAGUGUCAUUUGGUCAGUAUUUGUCCUUUGAAUACCUAGGUAUUGUGCUGAAAGGUGCUCCAAGCAUUCUGUUUAUCAUUAUUUACAGGCCUCCAAAAUACUCUCCAGCCUUUGUUGAAGAGUUCACAGAACUGUUAUUAAUGAUUUCCUCAGAGUUUGACUGUUUUACUAUUGCAGGGGAUUUUAAUAUUCACAUAGAUAAUGCAGAAAUCAAAACUGCAAAAUAAAUUAUAACUGUUUUAAACACUUUUGACCUGAUCCAGCAUGUGCAUGGACCCACACACAAUCGUGGACACACUCUAGAUUUACUCAUCAGUAGAGGUCUAAACAUUUCAUCCAUUGUUAUUAAGGAUGUAGCACUAUCUGAUCACUUCUGUAUUUUCUUUGAUAUAUUGAUCUCUGUUACCACUGAAUCUAGAUAUGUCUCUGUCAGAAAGAGAUGCAUUAAAGAGAACACUAGUGCGCUAUUUAUAAAGGCUAUAUCUUUAACACCAAGCAUUUCUGCAGACUCUGUUGAUCUUCUGCUGGAUUCAUUUAACUCAAAAGUUAAGAAUGUUAUUGAUGAUAUUGCUCCGGCAAGGGUCUGCAAGAAGUAUAGCAGACAAAAAUCACCAUGGAGAAAAUCAUCAGUAGUUCAGAGUAUGAAAAGACAAUGCAGAAAAGCUGAGCGGAUGUGGCGGAAGACAAAACUUGAAAUUCACUAUAGCAUCUAUAAAGACAGCCUUCAUACUUUCAAUGUGGAACUAGCCACAGCUAGACAGACCUUCUUCUCAAACCUUAUAAACAGUAACUUAAACAACUCUCGCACUCUUUUUGCUACUGUGGAGAGACUGACAAACCCCCCAAGUCAUAUUCCCAGUGAAAUGCUCUCCGACAGUAAAUGCAAUGAGUUUUCUUCCUCCUUUUCUGAGAAGAUCAAUAAUAUCAGAAAGGAGAUUGGCAUAUCUACUUUUGCAGAGGUCACACAGAUUUGACCGCAAUUUCAAAAAGAAGUGACUAUGUCUGUUUUUGAAGCAAUUGAUAGCAAAAUUUAGAAAGAAAUAGUACAGCACCUUACAUCGUCAACAUGCUAUCUUGACACACUUCCCACAUCUUUUUUCAAAAGUGUGCUUAACUGUUUAGAAGCAGAUCUCUUAGAAGUGGUGAAUGCUUCACUUUUUUCUGGGACUUUUCCAAACUCCCUGAAAACUGCAGUUGUUAAACCCCUUCUGAAAAAGAAUAUCAUCAAAAAGUUGAUUUAUUUCACUAAUUCCAUUCAAAAGGUGAAACUUGUAUAUUAUAUUCAUUCAUUACACACAGACUGAUAUAUUUCAAAUAUUUAUUUCUUUUAAUUUUGAUGAUUAGAGCUUACAGCUCAUGAAAGUCAAAAACCAGUAUCUCAAAAUAUUAGAAUAUUUACAUUUGAGUUUGAAUAAAUGACCAUCCCUACAGUAUAAAUUCUGGGUAUCUCUUGUUCUUUGAAACCACAAUACUGGAGAAGACUGCUGACUUGGCAAUGAUCCAGAAGACGAACAUUGACACCCUCCACAAAGAGGGUAAGUCACAGAAGGUCAUUACUGAAAGGUGUGGCUGUUUACAGAGUGCUGUAUCAAAGCAUAUUAAAUGCAAAGUUGACUGGAAGGAAGAAUUUGGGUAGGAAAAGGUGCACAAGCAACAGGGAUGACCGCAAGCUUGAGAAUACAGUCAAGCAAAGCCGAUUCAAACACUUGUGAGAGCUUCACAAGGAGAGAACUGAAGCUAGGGUCAGUGCAUCAAGAGUCACCACGCUCAGACGUCUUCAGGAAAAGGGCUACCAAGCCACUUCUGAACCAGAGACAAUGUCAGAAGCAUCUUACCUGGGCUGUGGAGAAAAAGAACUGGACUGUUGUUCAGUGGUCCAAAGUCCUCUUUUCAGAUGAAAGUAAAUUUUACAUUUCAUUUGGAAAUCAAGGUCCCAGAGUCUGGAGGAAGAGUGGAGAGGCACAGAAUCCAUGUUGAUUGAAGUCCAGUGUUAAGUUUCCACAGUCUGUGAUGAUUUGGGCUGCCAUGUCAUCUGCUGGUGUUGGUCCACUGUGUUUUCUGAUGUCCACAGUCAAUGCAGCCAUCUACCAGGAAAUUUUAGAGCACUUCAUGCUUCCUUCUGUUGACAAGCUUUAUGGAGAUGCUGAUUUCAUUUUCCAGCAGGACGUGGCACCUGCCCACACUGCCAAAGGUACCAAAAGCUGGUUCAAUGACCAUAGUGUUACUGUGCUUGAUUGGCCAGCAAACUCGCCUGACCUUAACCCCAUAGAGAAUCUAUGGGGUAUUGUCAAGAGGAAGAUGAGAGACACCAGACCCAACAAUGCAGAUGAGCUGAAGGCCACUAUCAGAGCAACCUGGGCUCUCAUAACACCUGAGCAGUGCCACAGACUGAUUGACUCCAUGCCACGCCGCAUUGCUGCAGUAAUUCAGGCAAAAGGAGCCCCAACUAAGUAUUGAGUGCUGUACAUGCUCAUACUUUUCAUUUUCAUACUUUUCAGUUGGCCAAGAUUUCUAAAAAUUAAGAUUAUUAAGCUUAUUAAGAUAAUAAAUGAUAUUCGCUUCAAUUCUGAUUCAGGCAAAAUAUCAGUUACUAGAUCUUAGUGCUGCGUUUGACACUGUUGAUCAUAACAUACUUCUAGAGAGACUGGAAAACUGGGUCGGGCUUUCUGGGAUGGUACUCAAAUGGUUCAGGUCAUACUUAGAAGGGAGAGGUUAUUAUGUGAGUAUAGGAAAGCAUAAGUCUAAGUAGACGUCCAUGACAUGCGGAGUCCCACAAGGCUCAAUUCUUGCACCACUCUUGUUUAGCCUGUAUAUGCUCCCACUAAGUCAAAUAAUGAGAAAUAACCAAAUUGCCUAUCACAGCUAUGCUUAUGAUACCCAGAUUUACCUAGCCUUAUCUCCAAAUGACUACAGCCCCAUUGACUCCCUCUGCCAAUGCAUUAAUGAAAUAAACUGUUGGAUGUGCCAGAAAUUUCUUCAGUUAAACAAGGAGAAAACUGAAGUCAUUACAUUUGGAAAAACAAAGAUGUAGUUCUCAAGGUGAAUGCAUACCUUGACUCUAGGGGUCAAUCAACUAAAAACCAAGUCAAACAUCUUGGGGUGUUUCUGGAGACAGACCUUAGUUUUAGUAGUCAUAUCAAAGCAGUAACUAAAUCAGCAUACUAUCAUCUCAAAAACAUUGCAAGAAUUAGAUGUUUUGUUUCCAGUCAAGACUUGGAGAAACUUGUUCAUGCCUUUAUCACCAGCAGGGUGGAUUAUUGUAAUGGUCUCCUCACCGGCCUUCCAAAGAAGACCAUUAGACAGCUGCAGCUCAUCCAGAACGCUGCUGCCAGGAUUCUGACUAGAACCAGAAAAUUUGAGCAUAUCACACCUGUCCUCAGGUCCUUACACUGGCUUCCAGUUACAUUUAGGAUUGAUUUUAAAGUACUUUUACUCGUUUAUAAAUCUCUAAAUGGCCUAGGACCUAAAUACAUUGGAGAUAUGCUCACUGAAUAUAAACCUAACAGACCACUCAGAACAUCAGGAUCGAGUCAGUUAGAAAUACCAAGGGUUAACACAAAACAUGGGGAGUCUGCUUUUAGCUAUUAUGCCGCCCGCAGUUGGAACCAGCUUCCAGAAGAGAUCAGAUGUGCUAAAACAUUAGCCACAUUUAAAUCCAGAUUCAAAACUCAUCUGUUUAGCUGUGCAUUUGUUGAAUGAGCACUGUGCUACGUCCGAACUGAUUGCACUAUGUAUAAUAACUUUCUAUUCUUAAAUAGAAUUUUAAAUUCUUUUUAAAUCAAUUUUUAAAUCACUUUGUUUUUAUUGUUGUGAUUAUUAUUUUUAAUUUGUUAUUAUUAAUGACUAUUUCACUUCCUUUUAUGUAAAGCACUUUGAAUUACCACUGUGUAUGAAAUGUGCUAUAUAAAUAAACUUGC